AUGAUUGGAGCGACAUGCUUUGACUCUUCCACAAUUUUGGAUAUGUCAUUGGACACGCAAAGAGGAGGAGAAGAGGGCGGCCAGGGAGGAGGUCAUCGGUGGGGUGUGUGUCGAGGAAGAGGAAGUGAAAUAUCUUUCUUCAAAAAUGGGAUAUGCCAAGGGGUUGCUUUUCCGGAUCUUUAUGGUGGGCGAUACUACCCUGCAGCUUCAAUGUAUACUCUUCCCAAUCAACCAAAUUGUGUUGUCAAGUUCAACUUUGGCCCGGAUUUUGAAUUCUUUCUGGAAGCUUUUGGCGACCGCACUGUCCCAAGACCCAUGAUUGAAGUUCCUUAUCAUGGCUAUGAUGGCAAAGUUGAGAAUGGUAAUCCGUUGGCUUCCAUCAGAAUGCGCCCGACUCUGGAAGUGGUGAAAGAGCAAGAUACUGAAGUUUUGGAAGCUGCCGAUAUAGCCAGUAAAGCAUUUAAGCAUGAGGAAAAUGCUCAGGUUUGUUGAUUGCACUUCCAAAUGUAAAAAAAUUGUGUAAAGAUAUCUUAAUAUCCUGUCUUCUUAUAAUGGUUAAGGAAUUUAUAUUGCAUAAACUUGCUAUAUAGGUUGGAUUCUGUAAGAGUGCCAUAUGUAGAAAAUAUUAUAGUGGUGGAGGUCCACUGUUAACUUCAAAAAUUCACCCGUGUUGCUUA